UCUAAAUCGCACAACUCGCGUGGCUAUUGACAGUGACACAUCGCAACCAUGCCGUCCUACAAACUAUACUAUUUCGAAGCACGCGGAGCCGCCGAGCUGGCUAGGCUGAUAAUGAAGCAGGCGGGUCAAGAUUUCGAGGACAUUCGCAUUAACGGGGUGACUGAAUGGCCGAAAAAGAAACUAGAAAUAAAGCCAGAAAUGCCCCUGGAGGCUCUGCCAGUCCUGGAGAUCGACGGAAAGAAAUUCUGCCAGUCCAUAGCAAUCGUACAUUACCUCGCGCGGGAAUUCGGUUUGAUGGGCUCGAACAACAUGGAGGCCCUGGUUAUAGAAGAACUGCUGGAGAUAUUUACAGAGAUCACGAUCAAACAUUUGAUGAAGAUGUACCACGAGAAAGACCAUGAGAAAAAGGUGGACCUAAUGAAAACAAUCAAGGAGACGGUUAUGCCGCGCUACAUUGCGUUCAUAGAGGAACGCCUUAAGGAAAACAACGGCGGGAAAGGCUUCUAUGUUGGUGAUAAGGUAUCCGUGGCUGACCUAGCCCUCUACAACACGAUGUUUAACCUAAAGAAAUCGAUGGGCAAAGAAGGACAAGAUCCGUUUGAGGGUAGCAACCUCUUGAAUGCAUUUUACGAACGCGUUGCCUCGCUUCCGAAUAUCGCGGCUUGGGAGAAGGCCCGGCCACAAACAGACAUGUAGAGUAUGUCUGUGUUCAGUAUCUGUUCUGUGAUAUGCCAUGGUAGCGUACAGUGUAAAAAUGUCAGUUCUGGAUAUUCGGAAUGAUUUGUAUUCUAUUAUACGGCUUUAUUUGGUAAUUUAGAUGUACUGUUUGAGAGUGGUUUAGUUUCAAAGAAACGUUUCUAUGUUUGAGGUUAUCCGAGCAGCAUUAUUUUAAAUACAUUGACUUAUAUUUUCACAUGAAAGAAGUUUUGUUUAUGUGUUCAGUAUUGUCAAGAGAAUAUCAUGUUUUCAGUAUUCUCACAAGAAUACCAUGCUUUGUGUGAUUAUACUAAAUCAGGAUGGUUAAAUUAAAACUGAAGGGAUAAGCAAUA